GUCGAGUCUCCUGACGAGUCCGAAAACAAAAGAAACACAGAAACACUGAGCAGGCGACCCGUCGAAGUAUUUUGUCUCCAAGUCUCCGAUCGCCGUCGUGAUGGCGGUUCUACCUGCAUGGCUCAGAAUGCUGAGGCGCAUCUGGGAGUCCCGGAACCUCCUCAUCAUUUUCUUCACCCCGUUGUUUCUGCUGCCACUUGUGUUUUCCACCCCGGCAGCAGCAUGUGCUUUCGUCAUCAUUCUGAUGGCUGUCUACUGGUGCACAGAAGUCUUGCCACUGGCCGUGACGGCGCUACUACCAACCAUUCUGUUUCCACUACUGGGAAUAAUGGAGUCCAAAGACGUGUGCAUGCAGUACCUGAAAGACACCAACAUGCUGUUCGUCGGCGGCCUCAUGGUUGCCAUCGCCGUCGAACACUGGAAUCUUCACAAAAGAAUUGCACUGCGGGUUCUCCUGCUGGUGGGCGUCCGACCGGCCCUGCUGAUGCUGGGCUUCAUGAGUGUGACCGCCUUCUUGUCCAUGUGGAUCAGCAACACCGCAACCACAGCCAUGAUGGUUCCCAUCGUCCAAGCAGUUCUCGAUCAGCUUCAUGGCAACGUGGAACUCAACCCUCGGAAGGACGAGAGCCACCAGGGGCCUGGUUCCCAGUUACAGAACACAGCUAAAAUGGACCCUGUCGAGGCUGAUGAUAAAACCAGCCCAGACGACCUGUCAGAAGAUCAGAAGCCUGUGGCGAAGAAUUCGGUGGCUACCAAGCCGACACCACAGGACAAAUCGCCCUCACAUCAAACCGAGGUGUGCUGCCCCCUGGAGGUUGAGGAGCUGGGCAACAAUCAAGAGGAUGAAGAAAACAUGGGCAAAGGGCUCCUGCUGAGUGUCUGUUACGCCGCAAGCAUCGGCGGAACAGCCACCCUGACAGGAACUGGACCCAAUCUGAUUCUGGUGGGACAGAUGACACAACUGUUUCCUCACAGUAACAGUGUCAUCAACUUCGCCUCUUGGUUCGCCUUUGCCUUCCCCACCAUGAUUCUGAUGCUGACUCUAACCUGGUUCUGGCUGCAGUUCCUCUUCGUCGGCUGCAAUCUGCGUCGGGCGUGGGGGUGUGGAGCCGACCUGCCUCAGCGUGAACGGGCCGCUUACGAGCUUAUAAAACAGGAACAUGGGCGGCUCGGUCGGAUGACCUACGCAGAGGCAAACGUCCUGGCGCUGUUCGUCCUAAUGGUGGCGCUGUGGUUCACCAGAGACCCAAAGUUCAUGGAGGGCUGGGCCACCAGACUGUUCAACUCCAAAUCAGAGUUUGUCACAGAUGCCACCGUCUCGCUCUUCAUUUCUGUGCUGCUGUUUGUUCUUCCAUCUGAGCCGCCAAGAUUCCUCUGCCGCCGGACAGACUCAGACUCCAACGUUUCACCCGGACCCGCCCCCUCACUGCUCACCUGGCCAGUGACACAAAAGAAGUUGGCGUGGAACAUCAUGUUGCUGCUGGGAGGAGGCUUCGCCUUGGCCAAGGGCAGCGAAGUGUCAGGCCUGUCUCGCUGGCUCGGCGCUCAGAUGAUAUCACUGCACUCAGUCCCAUCGCCAGCCAUCGCCGUCAUCAUUUGCCUCCUAACCGCCACCUUCACCGAGUUUGCCAGCAACGUGGCAACAGCAACGCUCUUCCUGCCCAUCCUGGCUUCAUUGUCCCAGUCGAUCCAACUGAAUCCUCUCUAUGUGAUGAUACCAUGCACGCUCAGUGCCUCCUUUGCCUUCAUGCUGCCUGUGGCCACGCCCCCUAACGCCAUGGCCUUUUCCUACGGCUACCUCAAAGUGUCAGACAUGGCGAGGACUGGCGUGAUGGUGAACAUCAUUGGGAUCGGUUGCAUCAGUCUCGCAAUCAACAGUUGGGGUUAUGUGCUGUUUUCUCUCGACACUUUUCCAACGUGGGCCAACGUGACCACACAUCUGUGACAACCCUUAACCAGAAAAGAAGCUCGAAUCGUCCAGAAAUCAAAUGUGUUUUUAACCACCAGUGACAUAUCUUGAAAUCUUGCAAGCAUAUUUGAUCAAUGUAAUCUUUCAUAAAUGAAUAGAGUAUUUUUAUUGUCAGCCACUGUUCUUGUGUUUUACAUGUUCACAAAUAAAAUGUCUAUUAAGUUGGAGUGGUCAGAGAUGAAGAUACUCA